AUGCCGCCCAAGUUCGACCCCAAGGAGAUCAAAGUCGAGUACUUAAGGUGCACCGGUGGGGAAGUGGGUGCCACGUCCGCGCUGGCCCCCAAGAUCGGACCCCUGGGCUUGUCUCCAAAGAAGGUGGGUGAUGACAUUGCCGAGCAACCGGUGAGCGGUGACGGGAAGGGCUUAAGGGUUACUGUGAAAUGGACCGUUCAGAAGAGACAAGCCCAGAUUGAAGCGGUGCCUUCUGCCUCUGCCCUCACCAUCAAAGCCCUCAAGGAACCUCCCCGGGAUAGAAAGAAGCAGAAAAACAGUAAGCAUCGUGGGAACGUCACUUUCGAUGAGAUCGUCAGCAUUGCGCGUCAGAUGCGGCACCGAUCUUUGGCCAGAGGACUCUCUGGAGCCGUUAAAGAGAUCCUAGGGACUGCCCAGUCUGUGGGCUGA